AUGGGCCCCAAAUCUGAUUUCAAGUUCAUCACCGUCGAUGCCACUGAAGGGAGUUUCCAAACUGCGAGCAAAUCCACCAGAAGUCAUGCUAUCCGAACUGCCAUCCAGAGGGGCCGUUCGGAGCUGGGAUCCUCGACGGCCUCAAUUUCACAAGACACCAUCAGGCAGAAGGCCCAGUUGAAGGGACGAUUCAGGUUGGCGGGAACAACGCUCAAGUCAACCAAACCCAAGAGUCCAAAGCAUCUGCAAGAACAAGAACAAGAAGAUGUGCAGUCAACUCGCUGUUCCCAUUCCUUGUGUGGACUCUCUGGUGAAAUAUUAUUCAAUCUCAACUCCACUACGAUCGAUACUCAGAGACCAUGGUUCCCCUAUGCUAUGCAGAGCGCUCUCAUCAUGCGCGUUACGCUGGCCUUGGCAGCAGAGUUUCUGACCGCCACCAUGCCUCUCCUUGACUUCAAGCUCCAGCGGGAAGGGUACCAGCAAAAGGGGGAGGCGAUGCGGAUGAUCAGAGAUCGUCUAGCUUCUCAAGAAUCUGCCCGUAGUGCAAGCAAUGACCUCUCUGUUCUUGCUGGCGUGGCCAUGCUGGGAAGCGUUGAAGCUUUUCAAGGUCACUUUUCGGCGGCAAACGUCCACUUGACGGGGCUCCACGCCAUGAUAGAAGCUCGAGGGGGACCGGAGACGAUCAAACACGACUACAUCCUCUGCCGCUGCAUCAAUUGGAUCGACAUCCAAGUGGCCUCGGGUCUCGGAAGAGUGCCAAAGUUCCCCAUGUUCCACACUCUCGCGCAGGUGUCACUCCCGCCGUCGGUCGUGAAUCGCGCAAGGACGCCUUCCCUGCGACACCUGGAGAAGCUCGGCGGCCACAACCCCGACGAGAGCGACGAGCCGCUGAGGAUCUUUGUGGCGCUGAGGCAGGCGAUUCUCUCGCAGGCAGGCGGUGCCGUGUCCGUGGCCGCAGACGACAUCAGGAUCGUCAUGAACACGGCUGAUAGCACAAUUCUGCACUUUUUAUACGUGGAGCGCCGGACAGCGACGCCAGUGCAGAAACGGUUCCUAGUUCUCGUCUCUGCGGCCCACGUGUUUCUUUAUACCGUUUUGCGAGAGAUCCCGACGACGGGACACAUGGUUCGGGUCCUCGUCAGGAGGAUGCGCGACGCCCUCGAUGACGCGGAUUCCAUUGCACUCAUCUGGGUGUCUCACGAUGCCGCCUUGUUGUGGGUUCUCUUUGUGGGCAUCGUCGGGUCCGGAACAACCGAGGACCGCGAGUGGUUCUCGUCGAGACUAAAUAGCUUACUGGAACGAGCCAGGGGUAUUUUGCCGCCGGAACGAUGCAGGCGCGAGAACCUGCAGCAACUCCUUUCCGGGUUCCUCUGGCGGGAUAAGCAUUGCUUACCAGUCUUGGAUGAAGUAUGGGCAACGUGGGAGCGCGGCCAAGGCGGUACUAGUGGUGGUGGUGGUGGUGUUGGUUUGCUGCUUGCGGGCUCCCCGUGCGUGGCCGGAGCGUUCACCGCGCGAGGGAUGCAUGGUUCGGGGACUCCAGCUUGCGAUAUCGUCCUCUUCUCGGAGUGGUCAGCGGCUGGGAUGGUCCGGUUUGCAGCAAUCUCGGCCGUUGAUGCGUUCGUCCGGCUGAAACCGAAAGGGACCAUGGACUGGGAACAUCAUGACAACAUGGCAGCAUGGCAAAGAGAGAAUGGCACGACUCAGGUUUGGAGGAAUGUCAUCUCCAGGAACGACCAGCCCGGUUCAGAACAGAGUGCGACGAUAAUUUCGAGGAUGACCGCCACACCAACAGCGCGCGCCCUUUAA